UUGAUUUCAUUAUUAAAUAAAAUUAAGCUUCAAAUGUGUGUUUCAAAUGCAUUUUAAAAAUAAAUUCGUUCCUUAUAUCUGCGAAUUUAGAAUUCCCGACGAAUAUUCUUUCAUUAGACAUUACGCGAAAUGUUACACAUCUCUCUAUUCCUAGGUCUAAAACUCUAAUUCCACUCUAAGAUGAUACAACUUCUUUUCGCAAAGAUAGUUUUAUAAUUAAAUACAUGAACAUACUAAUUAUAGUCCAUGUCGGUGCGUAGAUUAUGGCAUUCUAGCACCAAUGUGUAUUAAGUGCACAAUUUUUGAACGCACUUUCUUUUUGUUGCCUUGCUUGUAAGUUGAUGGAGUGUUUUUGUUAUGCUGGUGUAACGUUUGUUGAGAUUCUUCUGUGUUCCCCUGUUUAGGGGAGUUAGUUUGGGAUUGGAAGUCUACGCUGGUGACUAGAGACAGCAGUGUGUUGUGUUGUGGUUUUCGAACAUUAAUGUGUACGUUGUGGGACAGCAAGGUGUAGAAUUAUUAUUUAAUUAAUAGAUCCACAAUAUUAUAAUGUUCAUCAUAACUUAAAGUCCUAUCAUUAAACAUUUACAUUGUCAACAGUGAGUCACUUAUUUAUUGCAAGCACGAAGGUGCCUGGUUGAAUGUCAGGGGCCCGGGCAAACGAGCUAAGGCCUUAACAUAACCCUGACAGUCCAUUCAUUUCAUAUUUUAAUGAAUCGCGUACUAAAAAAGGUCACGCAUGCGCAGAGCAAAGCCUUCUCGUAGCGCAGAAUGAGCUCUCUGUUACGGUUGUAGCGCAGCACGGUGUGCAUGAAUAAUGGUGCGAAUUUGUGUAAUGAAUGGAAGAGAUGUGUAAAAGGGGAGGCGGGGAGAAAUUGACAGGAAGAGAAAUGAAAUGUUCGUAUUUACAUAACUUGUUGUAAUAUUAAAGUAUUUAUAGAUUAAUAACCUGAGAGUGUAUUAUUAUUUCGAAGAGUCUUAUGUCGUAACAAGUGGCGCCCAACGGAAAAGGCAAGAUCUGCGUUAUAUCGGUAUCUAAUUCCUGUCUACUGAGGUAUUACUAGUACUACAAAGUGUAACAAAAUCUCUAGAUCUCUAGAUCUAUUAAGAUUGAGAGAGUUAGCGUCAUCUAAAUCUCUAAAGCUAUGUACUAGACUCACUGUAAACAUAAACCUUUAGUUGAAACUUAACUAAAAACAUUAUUGCUGAAUUAAUCAAUUGGAUUAACAUUUAAAUUUAGAUUUAUAUCAUUAUAAUUAUUAUGACGGUCAAUUCUCUACAUUCACCAAUGGGAAAACGUCAGGGAGUACCCACUGUAUUUGGAUGUGCUAUGAAUUUUUUGAAAAAAAAAAUUAAAAAAAAAAUCAUGUCAGUGGCUGCUGAAGUACAUGUUCAUUAUUCUGGCUGGUCAUAGUUCUCAACAAUAACCUUUAACAUUCAAUAUUGAUGGAAAUUUGUACGAUUAUUAGCACUGCUGUGGGCAACACUAGUGAAUUUUGACUACGGUGGAGAACAGUGCCCAUUUAGGACCAACGGAUAUACACUGACUACGGCAUAUAGACAAACAACGAAAGAUAUACACUGACUACGGCAUAUAGACAAACAACGAAAGAUAUACACUGACUACGGCAUAUAGACAAACAACGAAAGAUUCAUAUCACCGGCGGAGAAUAUAGGCCUACACUAGCAUUGGAAGUUAUACCAGCAGGAAGAAGAGUAUUCCGGGAAGUAGAUACAUAUUUGUAUUCGAGUAACAUUAAACGUUUGUUUCAUUACAUUACAUUUAGAUAUGAACAUUGUUGGGUCCAGGCAUUAAGUAUAUGAGAAUCAAAUAUAUUUAAUUGAUAUGGUCAGAUAUCUCUAUAAAGAAAAAUUACAAAUGGCAGAUAAAGCUGAGAUAGUUGCUUUGAAAGAAGAAGGGAGACUAUUGGAAUUAGAAGGAGCAGAGCUGAGAAAAUAUGUACAAGAAAGAUUAAUAGAAAGAGAGAAACUAGUCAAGAAAAAGGAAAUAGAGAAAGAGAACUUAGCCAUGGAAAAGGAAAUAGAGAAAGAGAAGUUAGCCAUGGGAAAAGGAAGAGAGAAAGAGAAGUUAGUCAUGGAAAAGGAAAUAGAGAAAGAGAAGUUAGCCAUGGAAAAAGAAAGAGAAAAAGAGAAGUUAACUAUUGAUAAAGAUAAAUUAGCAAUGGAUAAAGAAAUAGAGAAAGAGAAGUUGGCUAUCAGUAAAGAGAAAUUAGUUACGGAUAAAGAAAUUGAGAAAGAGAAGCUAGCUAUGGAGAAAGAAAUGUUAGCCAUAGAGAAAGAAAAGUUGGAAAUAAAAAAAGGAAAAGCUAAAGAUGAAGGUACUGGAAAGAAAAAUGACGUGUCUGGAAAUAAAUUGGCAAAAUAUAAAGGUACAAUGUUUGAUGAGAAUAAAAUAGACAUAGAUAUUUUCUUAAAGAAGUUUGAAAUUGAAAUGAAAGAAUUGGCUUUUCCUGAAGAUAAAUGGACAUUUUUGUUAUCGAAGUCAUUUGCAGCGGAGGUACCGUCAAAGAUUUGCAUGAGUCAGAAUAAUUACCAAAUAGUAAAGGAGCAAUUACUACGAACAUUUCGGGGGUGUUACGGUUGUAGCGCAGCACGGUGUGCAUGAAUAAUGGUGCGAAUUUGUGUAAUGAAUGGAAGAGAUGUGUAAAAGGGGAGGCGGGGAGAAAUUGACAGGAAGAGAAAUGAAAUGUUCGUAUUUACAUAACUUGUUGUAAUAUUAAAGUAUUUAUAGAGUAAUAACCUGAGAGUGUAUUAUUAUUUCGAAGAGUCUUGUGUCGUAACACUCU